AGACGCGGCGGUGCAGGCGGCGGGGACCUACAGAGACGCGCUGGUGGCGGCGAGGACCCAGACCCGGGCGAGGCCAUGUCGGACCUGGGCUCGGAGGAGCUGGAGGAGGAGGGAGAGAAUGAUAUUGGGGAAUACGACGGGGAACGGAAUGAGGCAGGCGAACGACACGGACACGGGAAGGCAAGACUGCCCAACGGGGACACGUAUGAAGGGAACUACGAGCACGGUAAAAGACACGGCCAGGGGAUCUACAAAUUUAAAAGCGGCGCUCGGUACAUCGGAGAGUACGUUAAAAAUAAAAAGCAUGGUCACGGCACUUUUAUAUACCCAGAUGGAUCAAGAUACGAAGGUGAGUGGGCCGAUGACCUAAGGCACGGCUAUGGUGUGUACUACUACGUCAAUAAUGAUACCUACACUGGAGAGUGGUUUGCUCACCAAAGGCACGGGCAAGGCACCUAUUUCUACGCAGAGACGGGCAGCAAGUAUGUAGGUACCUGGGUGAAUGGGCAGCAAGAGGGAGCAGCCGAGCUCAUUCACUUGAACCACAGGUACCAGGGCAAGUUCUUGAACAAAAACCCUGUCGGCCCUGGAAAGUACGUGUUUGACAUCGGAUGUGAACAGCAUGGGGAGUACCGCCUCACGGACGUGGAAAGAGGAGAAGAGGAGGAGGAGGAAGAGACGACGAUGAUGACUCUGGUUCCAAAAUGGAAAGCCACCAAAAUCACGGAACUGGCUCUGUGGACCCCGACCCUCCCUGAGGAGCAUCCACCUGCAGAGGCACCUGGCCCAGAAGAGGUUCUAGGAGCCGAGGGUGACGGGGAGCUCAUGGAGGAGGGCCAGGCUCUGGCGGACAUUUCCGAAGGGGAGACUGACUCCUUGAGGCCUGGGGAGGAUGACGGAGAUUCCACCAGGGAGGACAGCCGGGAGUACGGCCGGGACGAUUACCGAUAUGACACCACCGACCAGGGGCUGCUGUGACGAAGGAGCACGACAGGAACGCGUCAUCUCACAGUCCGGAGGCUGGAGGUCCGAGACCCAGGCGUGGGCUUCUCCCGAGGCCUCUCUCCCGGGCAUGUGACGCCGUCUUCCCCAUGUCCUCACUGGUUGUCCCAUGCGUGUGUCCUGAUCUCUUCUCAUAGGGACACCGGUCAGAUUGCGUCUGGCCACCCCGCUUCCCCUUACCCACCUCUUAAGAGACCCAGCCUCCAAAUAAGGCUACAUUCUGAGGAGCUGGGGGUGUGGACUUCAACUUAGGGAUUCUGGGGACACACAAUUUAACCCAUAAAAGUCACCAACGUGGACCAGACCCCCCCCCCAGAAAAAACCCCAAAUCUCAAAUUUGGUUCUAAAAUAAUACUUGCUUCAGUGGGAAAUUACGAUGGUUGUUUCUCAGCACAGAGAGAGGGUGUUUCCAGGCGAUGGUGGCCCCAGACCUGCGACCACAGACGUGUCCCCUGGAGGCUCCAGAUUCCCCAUCAGCCCGGGCUCAGGCUCCCGAAUCCUUGGCUGCCUGGCCCCAAGGGCAUCCCCCAUCCCUUCCAUCUUCUGAAAGAGCAGGUGGGGAGUCCGGGAGAGGCCUCCCUCCCUGCGCCACAGGCUCGGGGACACAAAUGAGGGGAGGCAAGCAGGUGCCAACCGAGGACAGGUCCUUUCCAGGCCUGGUUUUCAGCCCCAGGGGAGGGAAGCAGAGAUGCUGCGCGGCCGGGCGGCCCGAGCGUGUGCAGGCCCGUCAGCAGGGGGCAGGGCAGCCUCACCAGUCUUGGGCCCUGCACGCCCGGAGCCGCCGACCUUUGUUUCUGGGCUUCCCACUUGCUGGAAAAAUUGAAAACUUGCACCAACCAGAGAUGAACCCCAACCCUCCCUUUCCCCAACGCGGCUCUGAUGCUCUGAUCGCAGGGCCCCCUCCUUACAGGGAGGCCCAUCCUGGGAGCUAAAAGGGACAGGACCGGGCUUUCCCUCCCUUGCGUCAGAAUGGAGGGGCUGGUCAGACCCAGAAUCACAGAAUAUAAAGAAAAUGGAGCUUCUUGCUCUCCUGACCUUGGCAUCUGAGAUUCGAACCCAUCUCGUCGUCUCUUGCAAGACCCCAUCAGCAGCCCAGCAAGGAGGGUGGGCCCCCCUUCAUUCCCCGGGGGGGCAUGUGACCUCUGCAGCCUCACCCCCCACGGGGUGAACCAGGCACCCGGGGACCACCCCCCACGAAGGGGCCACUAUCUAAACUCCACUUGCUUGAAAAAGUGAAGUUUUUAUUCAUCGUCCUGAUUAGUGAUGUUGGGGAGAACAUGGGAGCCUU